CGACCACCACACGCUUGACCGUACUCCGACUCCUUCCAUACAUUGCGCUUCCUCUCAUUGGCACCAUCAUGAAGUACUCUGCCUGGCUCGCGGAUGCCCGCCAAAUCCACAGCUACGAGCCUGUCGCCCUCGACGCUCUCUCGUCCUACCUGAACUAUGAGGUCUCCUCUCAUGACGCCGCAAAAAGUAUCGUGGCUGCUGAAGCACGCGUGCCUCCUCUCCAGGGUGGUCUUAUCUGGGGUGGACUGCUCUCUCUUGCGGCGAACGACCCUGAAGUGCACGAGCAACUUGUCGACCUGAUUAAGGCGAUUAUGAGCCUUCCAAAUAAGCCUCAGUACCCACUAGGUACUGCAUGGCGCGAUACGCACGAUUCCAUCUGGUCCGAGACCAUCGACUUCAAAAACGUCAGAAAGAUCGACCGCCACAACCCCGAUCCCCUCAUUAAGCGCUGGCCCGCCUACCACGCCCUCACCGCUCGCCUCAUGGCUGCCUCCCUCCUCGACGCCCACUACAUCGCCCUCACGCAGAUCGUCCACGCUCUCGAGACGCACCUUGCCUACCCGCCCACGCCUUACCAGGCAAUGAACAUCGCGGCGGCGGCGCAAUACUUCAUUCUCUGCCCAGUAGAAGUAUAUCUCAAUCCGCUUCGCACUAAGCAUCAGGACGAUCCGGGCUACGGAUGGAAGUGGGGCGAGGAUAUGGAACUGUGGAAGGGAAAGCUGGGCUGGAGCGCGGAAAGGUGGGCGUUCUGGAAGAGAAGGUGGGCGGAAGUGAGGGAAAUGGAGGCGUUGAGUGAGUUAGCAGGAUUGGGGGACGAUGUUCGAGAGCUGGCGCGGCGGGCGGAGGUGGGGAUGGACAAGGUCGAGAGGGCGGUAGCGAAGAAAGGGGAGACAAAAGUACGGAGGGAGGGGGUCUAAUGCGAAUGAGGAUAUGAAGCAUGACAGUUGGGAAUAGAUAGAAAUGAAUCAGUCUGUACAGAUAACCCCCCAAUGCCGCAAUUUACAACACUUCCAUGCCUUUUGACUCGACGACCCGAACGAGCAUGUAGCGUCCUUUCCAGCUGCACGCCUACGGCGUCCCGUCAUCUAGACGCCAACUCGUCCGCCCGUGCCAGAGCCUUGUCCCACUUGCCUAGGUCCACCUUCCCCCG